GUGUAGGUUUGGAAUGCUAAGUAAUUGGCGCUGUGCUGACUAGUCAUGUAUCACAUCAGCAAUAUGUUGUGGUUUAAUGUUCCGACAAUCCCAAUCACAGAUGCAGUAAGUAUUCUCCACCAAUACUUGUCAUGUCCUUCCGAUUAACAGUAUUUCCAUGUAGGAGUGAGUUAUUCUUGAUCAACUUGUGGGUCCAAGAUAAUGAUCGCCACAGGUGCCGUAUCUUAUUUUUUGUACAGAACUGGUUGGAUCUGGCCGUAGUGGCAAUACUAGGCGUCAUCAUGACCACUCGGUUACAUGCCAUGUAUCAGUGCAGAAAUAUGCUGAUAUUUCUCUUCAUCAUCUUCCUGGGUAUCACCAUUGUCAAGUGUUUGGCCACCGCGAUGUAUAUGAGGCAACUGACGUCUGAUCUGUAUGUUCUCUCUGGCACCUAUCAGUGCAUUUUUGAUGUAGGGGACAAUGCAACCUUCUAUUUUCCCAUUUAUUGGGCGUUCACCACCCUAUGGGAGGUCCUCGCAAUGGGUCUCGCCAUCUGGAUUGCCGUGAAACGUUUUCGGGAACUGCGACGGAUAUCAGCAGGAGGGUUUAUCGGGGAUUGUUUCACAGUGUUGAUGCAAAGUCACUUGGUUUACUUUGCCAGCUUUGUUGCUGUAUCUUGCUUCUCUUUCAGUUCUCUGGCUCCGGCGAUCUCGAUGGACAACCCAUGGUCCCUGCGGGUUGAGAUGUAUUAUGGUUUUCUUCAAGUUGCUUCAUUAGUCCAGUCGUUUGUGCUGGGGCCUCGCCUGAUCCUUAGCAUUCGGGAAUAUCACGCCAAGCUCGUGGCCGACUCCGAUGCAGCAACCGGCAUGAGUUCAAUCGCUUUCCAGGAACACGUGCAUGUGUCAACUAGCAGUAGUGUAUAGUAUGAGAAACGCUCGACGUGAUUCACAUAUGUUGGGUACUCGGCUAGGGGCGGCGGACUUCUUUCUUUUUGUUACAAGUCGUGAUAUUUAUUUAAUCUAUUGAUUGGU